AUGAUGGUAUUUCUGGUGAAUUCCAAAAGUUUCUAUUCUGAUAAUGAUGAUGAUAGUUUUGAACGACGCGACAACGUUAUGCAAUCGUUAUUACGAAGACGAUUACAAAAGCGCAGAGAGUGUGGUGGUGAUGAUGAUGACCUUCUCAAAGUUGGAAAACCCUGUCAUCAUCAUUUUGAGUGUUGCAGCGCUUAUUGUGCUCGUACUUGUAAACCUUGCGGUAAUGUCGCUCAUUGUUUAGAUUGCAAUCGUAAGGAUAUUAGUGGUCCCACUUGCUCUCUUUCACCUAUCGUCAUUCACAUAUUACUAGAACAUUUGGCUUUGUCCGUGAUCCAAAAUAUUCCCAAUGAAGAUAAUACAAUCAUACUUUUACAAGAGCAUGCACUUGACGAUCGUCAUCCAGAGAUAAAUAUUGUUAAAACUGCGGAUCAGUCUCAAUAG